AUGAGUACAGAUUCAAACGUCCCAUGCUGUUCAGUACAAACUGAUAAUAUUGCAAGUGUAAAACAUCGAUCUCGACUAACUCGAUUUAUUCGAUAUUUUUCUGAUGAUAUUGGCACAAAGCAUGUUGAUUUACAAUUAAUUAUUCUUAGUUUUAGUACUGGAAUUAUUGAUGUCGUAUCGUCGAAUGAUUUCUCGGUUUUUAUUUCGAUUCAAACAGGAAAUACAGUUACACUUGGAAUUCAUACAUCAACAGGUUCGUCAGCUUCUUAUCUUUCAAUUUGUGCGAGUUUAUUUACUUUUCUUUUCGCUGGUUUUCUAAGUGGACAAAUUGGAAAUCUGAUAGGUCACCAACGUCGUUGGUGGAUACUUUUUAAUAUGUUUUUUCAAACAAUACUUAUCUUUAUUGUUGUUGGAUUAGUCUCGGAAAACGUAAUUAAAAAAGAUGAAGAUCAAAAAAAUAUUUGA